AUGAGCAUCACACAAUCUUUUGAAGAAAGUCUUACUCUUCUCAAUAAAAAUAACGAGAGCUGUGAUACUCCUAUAUCAAGUUAGAGAAGAAUUAAUUGGAAAGUGGAGAUGAGGAAGAUGGUUUUGACAAAACUGCCCAUCAAAAAGCCCAGUCCUAGACUGUGUGAAUCAUCAAAGUCCAAAAAUAUACCUAAAAACAUUUCUAAAGUGAUCACUUAACAAAUACUGCGAGGAUACUAUAAUCACCUCAUCAGAUGUAAUCCCAAAACUUUCUACUCUUUCAUAAAGAAAAACAAAAAUAUAUAAAACCUAACUACCCUUCUUAAACUUAUCAAGCCGCAUAAAAAUUAAGAUGUCAACUCUUUGCAUGAAUGUUUUCGAAAUAUAUGGUAUUUAUUAUUUUUAAUUUCAAGUUGGUAUUUCUUGAAAAAACAAUACGUUGGCUACGUUUUUAACUCAAAAAUAAAAGACCCCCAAUGGCAUUUAUAAUACAGAAACGCCCUUCUAAAAAUAUGCAGAGAAUUUUGA